UACCAAGCCAGUCCAAUCCAAUACCGCUCAUUCCAGACACCUAAAAAAAGCCUGAAAAAAAGAAAACCAUGUCUUCCAAUCGUUACAUAACAACAAUAACCGUGUUACCAAACACUAGUCAUACCUCACUCUAUUUUCUACCUCUUCAAUCGCCAUAUUUAUAGCUCUAAGUCAUACUAAUUAAGUCUUUGAUACCAAGAAAAACGUUUCUUUUAGCCCUGGUUUUGUGUCAGUUUUCCGGGGUCUUGAUCAUGAUUCGUUUUUUCCAUUCCGAUCGUUUCAUUCACUACCCAAGUUAGAUCUCCACUUUUUCUCACCUGGGUGAUUUAUUUAUGAUCGAAUUAAACUCAGAAAAUGGACGAAGAAGAGCAGCAAAACACGAAGAUGCAGGACAACUUUCCCAGAAACAUUUUGUUUGGGAAAUACGAGAUGGGAAGGCAACUUGGGCAAGGAACCUUCGCCAAAGUCUACUACGGGAAGAAUCUGGUGACAGGUGAGAGCGUGGCGAUUAAGGUUAUAAACAAGGACCAGGUGAAAAAAGAAGGCCCAAUAGAUCAAAUCAAGAGAGAAAUCUCAGUGAUGAGAUUGGUUCGUCAUCCAAAUAUUGUGGAGCUCAAAGAAGUCAUGGCCACAAAAGGAAAGGUUUACUGCGUUAUGGAGUAUGUUAAAGGUGGCGAGCUCUUCGCCAAGGUCUUGAAAGGAAAAUUGAACGAAGACGUGGCUAGAAAGUACUUUCAACAAUUGGUAAGCGCCGUUGAUUUUUGUCACAGUCGUGGAGUUUCACACCGAGAUUUGAAGCCCGAAAAUCUUCUCUUGGAUGAGAAUGGAGAUUUGAAGGUAUCAGAUUUUGGUCUCUCUGCUUUGCCGGAGCAGCUCCGAAACGAUGGAUUGCUCCACACGCAGUGCGGCACACCGGCGUAUGUGGCGCCGGAGAUCUUAAAAAGAAAAGGGUACGAUGGAGCCAAGGCCGAUAUAUGGUCUUGUGGCAUAAUUCUCUUCGUAUUGCUAGCAGCGUAUCUUCCAUUUCAAGACGAGAACGUCAUGAAAAUGUACAGAAAGGUUUUCAAAGGACAGUACGAGUUUCCGCAAUGGUUUUCCGAGGAGUCAAAGAGCUUGAUAUCCAAGCUCUUGGUUGUUGAUCCGGUGAAGAGAAUCUCCAUUCCGGAGAUAAUGAGAAACCCCUGGUUUCAAAAGGGUUUCACUCGUCCCAUAGCAGAGUUUUCGAUUGAAGAAAACAAAGACGACGAAGAAGAAGAAGUAGUGGAAACCAAGUCUCCAUCAUCGUCUUUAUCUCCUCCGCCGUUUUACAACGCGUUCGAGUUCAUCUCUUCAAUGUCGUCCGGUUUCGAUUUGUCGAGCAUGUUCGAGAGCAAGAGGAAGUCACGGUCGAUGUUCACGUCCAAGUGUUCAGCCAUGGCCAUCUUAACGAAGCUUCAAUCGGCGGCGAAGAAGCUCAACUUCGGGUUCUCGUUGGAGAAGGAAUACAAGGUAAAGAUGAGUAAAAAAGUGGAAGGAAGGAAAGGGAAGCUGGCGGUGGUGGUGGAGGUUUACGAGGUGGCGCCGGAGCUGGCCGUGGUGGAGUUCUCGAAAUCGAGCGGCGACACGCUCGAGUACGCCAAGUUCUGCGACGAGGAUGUUAGGCCAGCGCUAAAGGACAUCGUUUGGAGUUGGCAAGGAGAUGAGAGUAACCGUCACCAACUGUAAUACCAAUAUUCUAAUUAGGCUUAAUUUAGUUCAAUUUCUUAGGUUAAUGCAAUAUAGUGUAACUUGUUUCAAAAUUAUUAUUAUUAUCAUUAUUUUUGGGGCUUGUUAAUUAUUCGCGUGGGCGCCUGUAGUGUAGUGUAUAUAAUGUGUAUUUUCGGAAAAUUUUGGGAUGAGUAAAUUUUUUUUCUUCUUUUGGUUA